GACGGAACCGGAAGUGCCGACACGGAGUCUUGUUGACAAAACCAGCUAACCUUUGCUAGAUGGCAUGAUAUUACAUUGACAUUUUACCACCGAUUUGGUCCAUAAUGAGUUCUCCAGAAGACAGACAUGGGACAAAACGACCCGCGUCUCCAAGUGAAGAUGGGUCUACCCAGUGGGCCUCAGCUGAUCUGGGAUCCAAUGAAAGAAGGCAGAAGUUUUUACGGUUGAUGGGCGCUGGCAAGAAAGAACACACCGGGCGCCUUGUUAUUGGUGACCACAAAUCAACAUCCCACUUCCGCAGUGGGCAGGAAGAUAAGAAGAUCAGUGAUCAACUAGAGAUGCAGUACCAGCAAGGUAUGGAUGGGAAGCUGUCGGGCCGGAACCGGAGACACUGUGGCCUGGGUUUUAGCGAGCCUGAGCCAGAGUCGUUUCCCUCCCCUCCAGUGGACAGUCAGACAGAAGCAACUGAGCCAGAGAAGUCUGCCAGUGAAAAAGAGUCCACAGAUGCCCAGGACAAAGCCUGCAAUCCAAACCCAAAGGAACAGACCUCAGACCAGGCGAAGCCUAGCUCAGACAGUAGGAAAGAAGAACGGAAACAUGGCUACAAAACUGCCUUUGUAAAGUCAGUGUAGGUGUGUGGGGAGCAGUUAGUUUUUGUAAUCUCAGAUUUUUACUUUUUGACUUUAUUUGUUUAACUGUAGGCGAUCACCCAUCAUUUUUACUGCGUAGAAAUGGGUUCACUACACAAGCACUCAUCAAGAAUUAAGUCUGCAGGCUAAAACGUCAGCUUUUGGAUCAUGUUAAGAUGGCAAAUGGUCCAGUUUGUAUUUUGUUUCAACAUUAACACACUGCAUUUGCCACAAAUUGUGCUGGACGAAACAGGAUUGCUUGCCAUUCCGCAUGAUUGGUAUACACAUUGUAAAUUUUAUGAUUUCUUGUUUACAAACCAAUAAAAGGAAGUUGUAAUGUU